AUGAGGAGAACCUUGGCAUUUACUUGUGAAGAUGAUUUCACACAUUGUACUCAAGAUGAAGACCACGGCUCUAGAAGAGCCGGUCCAGGUGUUGGAGCCAUUGGAAAGCCAUAUAGAGGAAGACAACGAAGGAUGAUGCCAUACAACGAGGACUCAUUGUCGGCCAGUUUUGAGUCGAUGAGUGUAGAGACUCAAUUCAGUGAUUCAUCAAACGAAGCCAACAUUUAUGCCCCUUAUGCAAUGAGUUAUGGUCAGCCUCCUCAAAAUCUUUCAAGUUCCACUGAUGAAGAGUAUGAAAGAUUCAGGUUAGCAGGGAAAGUGGCACUAAUAACUGGUGGAGCCAGUGGCAUAGGCGCCUGCACUGCCAAGUUAUUUGUGAAACAUGGUGCCAAGGUCAUAGUGGCAGAUGUCCAAGACCAACUUGGGCGCUCCCUUUGCCAAGAAAUUGGUCCCGCAGAAACCGUUUUCCAUGUCCACUGCGAUGUAACAUGUGACUCCGACGUCCAAAACGCCGUCGACACUGCCAUAUCCAAAUAUGGGAAACUCGACAUCAUGUUCAGCAACGCCGGCGUCCAUGGCGAAAUGGAGUCAAGAAUCAUACUCUCUGAUAACACAAACUUUAAAAGGGUUUUCGAUGUGAAUGUGUAUGGGGCCUUCUUGGCCGCUAAGCAUGCCGCUAGAGUUAUGAUUCCAGCUAAGACAGGAUGCAUUAUAUUUACGUCAAGUGUGGCUUCAGUUGUUUCGGAGGAGAUCUCACAUGCAUAUGUGGCAUCGAAGCAUGCUGUGGUGGGACUUGCCAACAACUUAUGUGUGGAGUUGGGACAAUAUGGGAUAAGAGUUAAUUGCAUAUCUCCGUUCGGAGUGGCAACACCUAUGUUACAGAAAGGAUUGGGAAUAAUGGAGAAGAGGAAGGUUGAAGAGUUAGUUUCCUCUGCGGCCAACCUAAAAGGUGCGGUGUUAGAGGCGGAAGACAUCGCAGAGGCAGCCUUGUAUCUGGGGAGCGAUGACUCCAAGUACGUUAGCGGGAUCAACUUGGUGGUGGAUGGCGGUUACAGCAUUACUAAUCCCUCUGCUGGAAUGGUAUUUAAAUCUCACUUGUCAUCAACCCAUCCAUCCCAAAACUAAAAUCAAUCCCUUCUUAAUUCUGUUUCCUAAUAAAUUAACCUAGUUUUGUCAACGUUCUCAUGUUCAUUGUUCA